UUUAAAAUAUGGCAUCACUGUCUCAUUACAAUGCGACGCUGGCAACUCAAGAAAUCAGUCAAGUUAAGAUUCUAGUUCAGAGUGGAUUUAUGAUUUUUUUUCAAAUUUUAAGCGCUAUUUUAAAAUGUACACCGUUUCCAAAGGACCCAGCAAGAUUGUUGCAAAAACUAGAAGGGGCCUCUCCCAGAAUCUAGAAAGGUUAGACAGUCGGAAAGAUCAUAACAGGAAGUCUUCAGAUUCUGAUACCGGAGAAAUAAUUAACAUGCCUAGACCUAUAUUUCAUUCCAAUGGUAAAAAGACAGUGCAUCAACGAAUACAACAUCAUGUGAUUACUCCACAGCACGAAGAAAUAAUUAGAUUCAUAAGUGAAACUUGGACACAAUCAACAUAUGCAGACAGUGAACCCUCAACACCAACUAGUACGACUGAUUCUGGCAGCUCAUCACCGGAUCCACCCACCAAUCUAUACUACCAAGACGAAGCCCCAAGCCCCACACUAAGGGACUUCAAGCCCUUCGACUUAGAAACGUGGUGGGGCAAACGACUUUUCCAGAACAUAACAAACUCCCUAUGAGACAGAUACAUUCGCUUCAUGAUCAAGGACGUGAUCGGUGGAUCAACUCUCAAUCAUUUGUAGUUUACUUAAUUUUCUGUAUAACAUGUAAAUAAUUUUAUUGAGAUUAGUGUAAAAACUGUAACAUAAUGUAGUUAGGUAUGUCAUCUGCAUUUGCACGAUCAAAGAAUGAAAAUAACCUCGUCCCAUAUAAUAAAUUAUGGAUUCCAAAAGGAUAAAACUCGCACAACAAAAUUCAUAUCUCGCUACCUUAUUUACACUAGAAUUAUUCAUUACAAUGCUACUAGUGUAUUUAUUGUAAUAUAUAUUUAUAAAUAUGUAAGCUUGCUUCAAGGCAACAUUUUAAGGAUGAAUUCUAAAUUAUGUAAUCGCCUCGGAGAUAAAUUUUGAUAUAGAACACAAAUCGCCUUAACUGUAAUUAAAAUACAAUAAUUUACUAAUAUUCUUUGUUACGCAAAUAAGACAUUAAAAUCAUUAUUGAAUAAAUUAAGUUACCGUUGUAGUUGAUAUAGGAAUUGGUAGGAUGCAUUUUACCGGAUAAAAUCAAUGUCAAGGUCUGGUAACUAAUCGGCUGCGAAUCAGAUAACUAAACGUAGAGAAGUCUUAUGUAAGAUAUAUGUAGGCAUAUUAUAAUCUACAUUGUAAUAUAAUCAAAAAAUUCUUUGUUACGAAUAAUGUGAAAUUUUAUAAAUAAAAAUUGUUAUUUAAAAUUAAGUAAUCUACAAGUGACUGUAGAUUUAUUAGCUAAAUACAUAUUGUAAGGGUAUUUUCUAUCAAAAGCUCAAGACAUAUUAUCAUUCUUUAUACAAAUAACUAUUCUUAAGCUUGAUUGUUUUCAUUGAAUGUACCGUUUUCCGUUGUCGUGUCUGUUCUGUAAACUUUUUAAAUGUUUAUAUAAAACAAUUUGUAAGUACCAAAGAAGUUGUUGGAGCCCCUUUGUUUCGUUAUUAAUACUUUUAUUAUUGCUAAAAUUGUGUGAGCCAAAUUCACGAAUGUAGUAUACACUAGUCAAACAAGAACCAUCAUUCUAAGACACGCUGGAUGAGGAGUUUCUGAAACUACAGUUUACUUAUAUAAUACAAAUUUUAAUGAAUCAAGUGCCUGAAUGUAUACAGUCUUCGCAAAAGAAAUCAAAUAUAGAUAUUUAAAUGAAGUGUGACGUUUGAAUGUAGCGAAAAUAAUUUAAUGGAGCAUGGACGUAACAUUACAAACAGGACUUGGCGAAGAAAGAGAAGUAUGCAAAAUUAGACUAGCAAUUUUAGAUCGAUUAGUUGAGAGUAGAUUUUAUCGCUGACACUAGUUGUAUUUUAGAUAAUAACAUAUUUUUUUAAAUACUGUAAUCGAAUCAUAAUUGAAUAUGCAAUUUCUAAAAGGGCAC